UUUCUAAUGCAGUCUCUGUACAAAAGGAGAAUCUGGUGAGAAUCAGUUUAGUUUUUUUACAACGGGGAGAAGACGAUGAUACUUUCCAGCUUCAAAAGCUUCUUUAUUUAUUAUUAUUUGAGCUCCUUAUUCCACCCAAGCCAUGGUUUUGAGGUGAUCCAGCCACCGAAUAUGACUAAUAACCCAGAUACGGUUUUCAUCAGCUGUAACUUUACAGCAAACACCUGGAAAAUUGUAGAUGUUCGACUCAACAAAGUUUUACCAGAGAAAAAGGAGGUGCUCUGCCAGACUGAAUCUCAAGCCUGUCAUAACAUUAUCGUACUUAAAGACACUCCACCCAAGUACAUUUUCAUCUUACUCAAUGUUGGGCCAGAGGAUUGGACCUCAAAGUAUGAAUGUGAGUGUUCAGCAACAAAGACGGAUGGGACAGACAAAACCAUGCUAAUUGCAGCGAACAAAUUAAUUAAACUGCAGCUACAAGGUCAACUGGGAACAACACCACAGUGUACUCCUCCCCCUUCACCUCCUCUUCCUCAGUCCCAUCAGCUCAUGUGGAUUUUGAUUGGUUUGCUGGCCCUGAUGUUCGUGUACAGCUGUAUCAUCACCUCCUUCUACAUGAGGCUUAUGAACAGCAGCAAAGAUUGCGAAAACUCCACCUAUGUUGAAAUGAGGAACGUUCCAGUUCAGCUGCAUCCUCACCACAUUUACAAUACUAUGCAAAAGGCUUGAGCUGCCCCUCAUUUCUUUAUAUCUUAUUAGGAAAAUGGGUAAUAGGUUCAGCAAUGUAUUAAAACAUGUAAAAAUACAUGGAAAUACAGUAUCUGCAGUAUAUACAACAGUCUGUACAAUUCUAAGGAACUUUAAAUAUUUCACAUAACCAACUUUAUUCUUCUACAUAGGCUGAACUCUCAAAGGCAAGAUUUCUUAUAAUGUCUGUAAGUAGUUUUCAGGAAUAGCUUCUUAAGUGUGGGGGGGGGCUGCCUGCCUUUAUUCCAUUUUCCAUUAAGAUAGUGUUGAGGCCCAGACCAUGACUAACAGUUUUCUACCCAGAUACGCUUUUUUUGGAUUUCUCAAUCCAUACGACCUGUUGACACUGACUGACUAGACUGUAAAGUAGGCAUUGAUUAAAGUAAAACUUUGAAAGACCUUUAGAAAUCUUAGAGAACUGCUGAUCAUGACCAGUUUAAAAUGUUACAAGAAAGUUUAGCUCCUUAGAAGCAAAAUAUAAAGAAAUGAGGGUAGCUCAAGACUUUUGCACAGUACUGUAGCUCACUCAUCUGUCUUCAGUAUCCUCAAAAAGAAGAUGUGAACAGCUCAUAUUGUGAUCUCAACAUUUUGUUCUUCAGUAUUUGACAUUUCAUUAAGUUGUAUUGUGCAAUAGUAGAAAACCUGUGCGGUACUGAAGUAAAGAGGGGGGUGAACUGACCUCUUAAAGACACAGGGUUUCAUUGACCCAUGAUAUUAUCCAUUAGUUUAAUCUUUUUCAGUUAAUGAUUUUAAAGUCUUACUUUAAAUCAAAUCAAAUCAAAUCGCUUUUAUUGUCACGUCACAUGUGCAGGUACACUGGUACAGUACAUGCGAGUGAAAUUCUUGUGUGUGAGCUUCACAAGCAACAGAGUUGUGCAAAAAUACAAUAACGUAAAACAAGCAAAAUAUAGGAAUGGCUAAAUCUGAAAGUAAUAAAUAUAUGUACAAUAUAUAAGAGUAUAUGCAUUACUGCAUUCUUUAUUAAAAGAAUGUCAGCUAUUGAUUUGAUGUAAUUCCUCAAAAUAGUAAGUGUGGAUUGUACAUCUAGCAUCGUGGUUGGAUUUUGUCUCUGACAUGUUGAAACCUCAUGAUUCUUCCCUGCUCUUAGGUCUUCAGGUCAGAGGUCACUGUUGGGCUUUUCACGCACCAAAGCUGUGGUAUUCUCUUCCAUUGUCUUUACGCCGUGCAGACUCCACUGACUCUUUCAAAAAGCAGCUUAAGACAUUUCUAUACAAACAAGUUUUUAAUUAAUUUUCUCAUUGUUUUGUUUUAUUUAUAUUUCUGGUUUUAUUGUGAAGCACUUUGUGAUUUUUAUCGGUAAUAAGUCCUAUAAAUACAUCUUACUUACUUACUUUUCUAAAUCUUCAAGGAAACUUUCCUUAAUCUUCUAUUCAAAUUACAAUAUUUUAUACUAUGUUUUGCGUAAUUUCCACAUGCUUCAGUGUUUCUGCACACGCACACAACAAUGGUACAAUUUCUAAUUAUUGCGGUACUACAUGCCUUAUUGCUAAUAAUAUUAUAUUUUUAUAAAUAUACCUCAAGCUCCCCAUUAGUGGCCAGUUUGGUUUCUGUCUCAUUGCUUGUAUCAUUUAAUGAUAUUUAUCCUAGUUUGCACAUUUCAAGCUGGAGAAAAUGUGCCCAUUAGCAGCCACAGAAUCGGUUCAAUAUCCUUUAUUAAGGAUAAAUGUAAUUGUAACCUCUUAGUUAAUCUGAACGAUAACAGAUGGCAGCCACCUGUUUUUUUGCUGGAGGGGAACAGAAAAUCAUUGUAUUUGUCAUCACAUGUAGCAAAUAUCAUACCUUGACUUUUGAAUGGCCUGUUGUCUUUAUGUGUCUUUUAUUUCAAAAUAGAUUUGUAUGGUUUCUUUUAAUCAAUAAAAAUUUAAUCUCU